CUGCUUCCGGCCUCCGCGGUCCGGAAAGAUUGCUUUGGGCUGUUGGAAACGGAACCUCCAGGUCCUAAGACAGUUCCUUUGCAGAGUGGAGGCUCCGGCCCGGAGCUCCAGGCCUCCGGCGCUCCUGGCCGUCACCGUGGCUGCUUGAGACACUUUCAGGGCCGGGAAUAGGGAGUGUGGGUCGCCAUGGCGACGCCGGCGGGGCUGGAGCGCUGGGUGCAGGACGAGCUGCACUCGGUACUGGGGCUGAGCGAGCGGCACGUGGCCCAAUUCCUAAUCGGUACCGCGCAGCGCUGCGCCUCGGCCGAGGAGUUCGUGCAGCGCCUGCGAGACACCGAUACCCUGGACCUCAGUGGGCCGGCCCGGGACUUCGCCCUGAGACUCUGGAAUAAGGUCCCACGGAAGGCAGUGGUGGAAAAACCAGCUCGGGCAGCUGAGCGAGAGGCCCGAGCCCUGCUGGAGAAGAACCGAUCUUAUAGAUUGCUGGAGGACAGUGAGGAGAGCAGUGAGGAGACCAUAGGCAGGACUGGGAGCAAUCUGCAGAAGAAGCGGAAAAAACGGAAACACUUGAGGAAGAAACGUCAGGAGGAGGAGGAAGAAGAGGAGGAGGAAGAGGUUUCUGAGAAAGGAAAGAGGAAGGCAGGGGGGAGUAAACAGCAGACGGAGAAGCCAGAGUCAGAGGACGAGUGGGAGCGGACAGAGCGAGAACGUCUUCAGGACCUGGAGGAACGCGAUGCCUUUGCCGAGCGAGUUCGGCAGCGGGACAAGGAUCGGACACGCAAUGUCCUGGAGCGGUCAGACAAGAAGGCUUAUGAAGAGGCUCAGAAGCGCCUCAAGAUGGCCGAGGAAGACCGGAAAGCCAUGGUCCCCGAGCUGAGGAAGAAGUCCCGCCGAGAGUACCUGGCCAAGCGGGAACGCGAGAAGCUGGAGGACCUGGAGGCCGAGCUGGCGGACGAGGAGUUCCUCUUUGGGGAUGUGGAGCUGAGCCGACAUGAGCGGCGGGAGCUCAAAUACAAGCGACGUGUGCGGGAUCUGGCCCGGGAGUACCGGGCAGCUGGGGAGCAGGAGAAGCUGGAGGCCACCAAUCGCUACCACAUGCCUGAGGAGACCCGAGGACAGGUGAAGCCAGGGGAUCACCACUUCAUUCCCAGUCCCCAGGCAGAGGGAAGGGAAGGCUUCAAGGACCUGGGUGGUGCCUUGGCUGGCCCCUUCCUUGUCUUGCCUUUUGCUGUGGGUAGGGUGGUGACUGGGAAGGGGACGCUGGGCGGAGAGGGCAGCUUCCAUCUUCACAGCCCCCUCUCUGCACAGCCAGCGCGAGCCGCGGAUCUGGUGGAGGAGGAGUCCGGCGCCCCCGGGGAGGAACAGCGGCGCUGGGAGGAGGCCCGGCUGGGGGCAGCGUCCUUGAAGUUUGGGGCCCGAGAUGCUGCCUCCCAGGAGCCCAAGUAUCAGCUGGUGCUGGAGGAAGAGGAGACCAUCGAGUUUGUCCGGGCCACUCAGCUCCAGGGUGAUGAGGAGCCAUCAGCUCCACCCGCUCCAACCCAGGCCCAGCAGAAGGAGUCCAUCCAGGCCGUCCGCCGCAGCCUCCCGGUGUUCCCAUUCCGCGAGGAGCUCGUGGCCGCUAUUGCUAAUCAUCAGGUCCUCAUCAUUGAAGGCGAGACAGGCUCGGGCAAGACCACCCAGAUCCCACAGUACCUCUUUGAGGAGGGUUACACACAGAAGGGUAUGAAGAUUGCCUGCACCCAGCCCCGGAGAGUGGCUGCCAUGAGCGUGGCUGCCCGAGUGGCCCGGGAGAUGGGGGUGAAGCUUGGGAAUGAGGUUGGUUACAGUAUCCGCUUUGAGGACUGCACAUCAGAGCGAACUGUGCUGCGGUACAUGACAGACGGGAUGCUUCUCCGGGAGUUCCUCUCUGAGCCUGACCUUGCGAGUUACAGUGUGGUGAUGGUGGAUGAGGCUCAUGAACGGACGCUGCACACAGACAUUCUCUUUGGGUUAAUCAAGGAUGUUGCUCGGUUCCGACCUGAGCUCAAGGUCCUGGUGGCUUCGGCCACACUGGACACUGCCCGCUUUUCCACUUUCUUCGAUGACGCCCCCGUCUUCCGAAUCCCUGGCCGCAGGUUUCCGGUUGACAUCUUCUAUACCAAGGCUCCGGAGGCGGACUACCUGGAAGCCUGUGUGGUGUCUGUGCUGCAGAUCCACGUGACCCAGCCCCCUGGGGAUAUCCUGGUGUUCCUGACAGGACAGGAGGAGAUCGAGGCUGCCUGUGAGAUGCUCCAGGAUCGCUGUCGCCGCCUGGGCUCCAAAAUCCGGGAGCUCCUGGUGCUGCCUAUUUAUGCCAACCUGCCUUCCGACAUGCAGGCGCGGAUCUUCCAGCCCACGCCCCCUGGGGCACGGAAGGUGGUUGUGGCAACGAAUAUCGCCGAGACCUCUCUCACCAUUGAGGGCAUCAUUUACGUGCUGGAUCCGGGGUUCUGUAAGCAGAAGAGCUACAACCCGCGCACGGGCAUGGAAUCACUCACUGUCACACCCUGCAGCAAGGCCUCAGCCAAUCAGCGAGCUGGUCGGGCAGGUCGGGUGGCUGCAGGGAAGUGCUUCCGCCUGUAUACCGCCUGGGCCUAUCAGCACGAGCUGGAGGAAACCACGGUGCCUGAGAUCCAGAGGACCAGCCUCGGCAAUGUCGUGUUGCUGCUCAAGAGCUUAGGGAUCCAUGACCUAAUGCACUUUGAUUUCUUGGACCCUCCGCCGUAUGAGACCCUGCUGCUGGCUUUGGAGCAGCUGUAUGCACUGGGAGCCCUCAACCACCUUGGGGAGCUCACCACGUCUGGUCGAAAGAUGGCAGAACUGCCGGUGGACCCCAUGCUGUCUAAAAUGAUCCUGGCCUCUGAGAAGUACGGCUGUUCGGAGGAGAUCCUGACAGUGGCCGCCAUGCUCUCUGUCAACAACUCCAUUUUCUACCGACCCAAGGACAAGGUUGUCCAUGCCGACAAUGCUCGUGUCAACUUCUUCCUCCCUGGUGGGGACCACCUGGUUCUGCUGAAUGUUUAUACACAGUGGGCUGAGAGUGGUUACUCUUCCCAGUGGUGCUAUGAGAACUUUGUACAGUUUAGAUCGAUGCGCCGAGCCCGGGAUGUGCGGGAACAGCUGGAGGGGCUCCUGGAACGCGUGGAAGUUGGCCUCAGUUCCUGCCAGGGGGACUAUAUCCGUGUCCGCAAGGCCAUCACUGCCGGCUACUUUUACCACACAGCACGGCUGACUCGUAGCGGCUACCGCACAGUGAAACAGCAGCAGACGGUGUUCAUUCAUCCCAAUUCUUCCCUCUUUGAGGAACAGCCACGCUGGCUGCUCUACCACGAACUUGUCUUGACCACCAAGGAGUUCAUGAGACAGGUAUUGGAGAUUGAAAGCAGUUGGCUUCUGGAGGUGGCUCCCCACUAUUACAAGGCCAAGGAGCUAGAAGAUCCCCAUGCCAAGAAAAUGCCCAAAAAAAUAGGCAAGACACGAGAAGAGCUAGGGUAGAGGGGAAGGGACAUAAACAGAACCUAACACCAGCUCCUUUUCUUUCUGUACAUUAUUUAAUAUCUAUUAAUAAAAAUAUUUUUGGAAUAAA